GUCCGGCGUUGAGAAAAGCCACCAUGAUCAAUUAUGUUCACUCCUACGUUCCUACAUAGAGUGGAGUUUUUCACCACUUCCUCUACUCAAUUCCUGUUCUUGAUAUGACACGAACAAAUUCGUCAGGGGCAGAAAUAAUUCAAGAUGGAUAUGCCUAUGUCUUCCGACCCGGCGGUCUCGAAUCUUCCACUUUCAGAUCCUAAUUGCAUCAAGGCUGAAGAUGUAUGUAUCGCUUACUAUGCUGCUGCGAACGCUUCUCAGGAAGCUGUAUCAUGGUCCUAUCAAUUCAAAUACGGCCAUUGGGCGACUUACUAUUAUGUGAUAAUUAUCGGACUGUUGUUUCUGGGCUACGCCUUCACAACCCUCACAGAUAAUCUGAUAAAGAAUUCAUCAACUGCACCGCGAAGGCCAUCAAUUCUCAGGAAAUUGCAAGCUCUUGGUCGAUCCGUAUUUUACAGGCGAAUUCGAGUCAGCUGGCCCACAAAGCUAUUUGAUGUCCCUGCAGAUGUUGGAACCAUCCUUUUCCUUCUCGCUACCAUAGUCUUCUUCACUGCGCUCGUGUUCGCCGUAAAGCCGUAUUACCGCGAACAGAUCGGAUAUGGCUCUCCUCCAAUUGCUAUUAGAUCUGGUUUGAUGGCAUUUGCUUGCGUUCCGAUCCUUGUGGCGCUCGCUGGAAAAGCGAACAUUGUGACUUUCUUCACAGGUAUCAGUCAUGAACGGCUGAGUGUUUUACAUCGAUGGGUCUCGUGGAUAAGCUUCGCGUUAAGUCUGUUCCAUGCUCUACCAUUUCUUGUUGGCAGUGCCCGCAAUCCUAUAGUUGGCGGGGAAGCUAUGGUAGAGGCAGAAUUCUAUAUGGACAAAUCAUCUCCCCCCAACGAGUACUCUGGUGUACCACCACUAGCGAUUCUUUUUGGAAUCUGCGUACUCUCUCUGCCAUACAUCCGAGACCGGUUCUAUGAAUCCUUCUACGCGGCUCAUAUCCUGCUCGUUAUCACUUACUUUGGCCUCCUCUUCUGGCAUUCGGCCAACACCAUGGAUUCCUGGUCUUACCUCUGGGCUGCGCUCGCAAUUUGGGUGGCGUCCUGGCUGACCAGGGUCUUCUGGAAGACGCAACCGCUGAACAUCCGCAACUCUUGGUUUGAUGGCAACGCAGCGACCGUGAGCAUCGUGUCCGCCGAUGUAACACGCAUUGACGUCUGGCCUUCAGAUGGAUUCCACUGGAAACCGUCCCAGCAUGUCUUUCUACGCUUCCCUGAUAUCGCUCCCCUGGACAACCACCCCUUCACCAUCGCCAUUGCCGAGUCUGCCAGUGGUUCGCCCUGUCACCUCGUCUUCCUCGCUCGCGCCCAUGCUGGCUUCACUCGCAAACUCAGAUCGUAUGUCCAGGCACACUAUUCAACGGAUGACAAAAAAAUCAUUACCUCCGUCUGGCUCGAUGGCCCUUACGGUGGUAUGCGUCGUCCACCUCACAACCGCUACGACACUCUGAUUCUGGUUGCUGGUGGAACGGGUAUUACCGCUUGUUUUCCAUGGCUGCAGGACACCGUCGCUCGUGCCGGUAAGCGAGAGUCAGAUAGCAGAAUCAAACGCGUAGUGCUGGUGUGGUCGAUGAAGAGACCUGACGCCAUACAGUGGCUCGCGGAUGAGUUUGACAGCCUUGCAGCGGCAAAUAAAAUAGCAUUGGAGAUCAGGCUGCAUAUCACUGAAGCUGAGCCACUAACGGACGACGGAAGGUUCACUCAACACUAUCAGGCUUCUAGUGCUGAAGCAACGAAAGUUUGCGAGCUGAAUGUUGACGUUGCGUCUCCUGAAAAGACACCGGCUCCAUCCUCGCCAUUAAUGCAUCGUGUCACUACCUUUGGCGCCACUAUACACAGCGGUAGACCCAUUAUGCCAACUGUAUUGCGGGAUUCUGUGCGGCAGGGCGAACGCACGAUGGUGAUUGGGUGUGGACCGGCUACGUUCAGAGCGGACUUGGGCAAUGCGGUUGCAGCUGCACAGAGCAGGGUGUUUAGAGGAGAGAUUGUUGAACUUGCAAUGCAUUUGGAGACAUUCGGAUGGUGAAGGAGGACUAUAAGUAGGAAGGAAAAUGUUUCUAACGGGUUGUCCAACGAAUUUACGGAAUCCGUGGUUUAUAUACAGCGUCGGGAGAGGUCAACCGAACCUGAGGACGAAGUGUUGAAGAUGUACAUACAUAUAUAUAAAAGAUGUGUAUAGUACGGUAGAAGGUGGAUAGCCACCUUCGUUACUUUCUUGGUGACCGUGCGCUGGUUAAAAGAAGAUAUUUCAAAAUGGCAUUAGCAUCUGCUCAUUCAGGGUAGAAAAUGGCAGCGUCUCGAAGGUUUAAGAUAAAGAAAAGAAUUCCCGAUUCGAUCCUUGAAAUGUACUACGCCGUAGUGGUUCAUCGCGAACUGACCAUUCAGGCCGGCCAAGCACUUGUCGAACUGGGAUCUGGGAUAAGCCAGUCACAUCCAUCCGACAGCAGACCUUACUCAUCAUAGAAGACGCAUCUCUAUACAGCUCUUGCAAGAAAGGAAGAAU